AUGGUUGGCUGCGAAAAUAUCGACUAUAUAAUUUCUUUUAAAUCCUUUGAAGACUUCAUGUCUGGUUGUAUGCAUGAUUUUAGUUUAAAGGACUGCAUUCUCACUCUUCUCAAUCUUCGAAAACAAGUGUAUGUCAGUAGUAGCUUAAGACUAAUAGGUAAUGAAUGUAUCAAGGAAGAUACAAUAAAUUUUUCUAGGAUUGACCACGUCCUGUCAAGUCGAAGAUUUUCUAGUCUAUUCUCAACGCAUCUGCUAUGGUUUUACUUUUUUGUAUCCAGAAAGAUAUCAUGGAAUGAACAGAAUUUACUACCAUUGAAAUUCCACACUUCUGUGUUUGCUUGUAAAGCACUCAACUUUUGCGGCUGCACUGAAGCGUCUGAGGCUUUAGCAAGAAAAUCGUUAGUUGACUUGGCUGAGUUAAAUCAAUUAAAUCAUCAAAAGAAAUGUCUGCUAUCAACUGAAUAUAUCGAUGCAUUUCAUUUAGCUACUAUUGAACUAUCUUCAUUGGUAUUUAAACGAUCAGUUUUUGAGUCACGUAAACGUCCACAAGGUUACCUUCGGCCUAAAGUAAAAGUGGAGUUUGCAACAAUUUUGCAACAUUCCUGGCCUAGAACACAAACUGAACGUUAUUUGUGUCAAUUACUUCCUAGUUCAUCAGCUCAAAUUUUAGCUAUUCUCGAGGCGUUAAGUCUAAAUCCUGGAGAAAGGAGAAGUCUUGUAACUCCAAAACCACCUAUAGAUCCAUCAGACUGGGAAAUGUCAGAAGUAUAUUGUGAACUUUUUAUUGCAGCAUUUGAGCUCAUCUACCCUAAUUCUUCUAAAAAAUUGGUCUCAAACUUUAUGUCUGGAACACGUGUAAUGCGGAAGAUACCAGUAGACGGUGAAAGAAGUUCAGAUAAUUUAAUUAAUCACACAAUUGCUUUGGACAAUCCAAAGUAUCUGAAGUGGAGGCAACCGGAUUUAGUGCGUCAUCAAUGCCAUUACAAAAAUUCUGUUGAAGGAGGUGAUUCAAAUACAGACAAAUUAAUAGCAUCUUCAAAUGCAGUGAUGACUGCCAGCUGUACAAUAGACAGUGUGAUGAAAUUGAUUCAAGUUCUUUAUGCCUGUGCUCAAUAUGACAUUUUUGAUUUUAUGUCAAGAGAAACAUUAUCUCUACUUCAAAAAAAAUUGUCAGAAAUGAUCGAAGAACAGUCGCCCAAAGAAUUUAUACAGUUUAUUGAAGUACAAAUUGAAACCUUGGAAUUGCUUCGCGCUAUGCAUUCAGCACAUCUAUCCAAAAGAACACUUACGAAAAAUGAGACUGGCGAGGAGUUGAAUAUAUCAGAAAGUCAAACUGUUAAUUUAAGUAAAAACGUUGUGCAACAAGAGACAUCAAAUUUGGCGAUAGGUUCGUUGGAAAGUGAUAAGGAAGCGAAUGCAAAUCGAAUGACUCCACUAGGUUUCUUACAAAAAGGAAUUUUAAAGUUAAUUCAAAAGUUAGAAAAUAUAACUCAUAAAGGCGAUCAAAUUGAAAUUACUUUGUACGAUUCCGGAAUUCUUGUUGAUGUUAUUCUAGUACUAUGGGAAUAUUGUCGCACAUUAUGUCAAAAGUGGUAUAUACAUAGCAGAAUUAAACCUGAAUAUUUCGACAAGAAUAAAAUAAACUUUAUUGGACUUCUUUAUGUGUUAAGUCUGAUUAGAGCCACACUGGAAUUGCUGAAUAUUGAGGUAGCUGAUGGACUGAUGUCCUCGAAUAUUACAUUCUACAGUAUAUGGAUUAUGGAGUUAUUCGAGCAGAGGAUAUUCACGUUACAUAGAUCACAGGAGACAACUGGUAGACAAACAUUUUUGGAUGGUAUGAAUAUCAAUAUUUUAUUGAAAGUAUUAAACUUACAAAUAAAAACGAGUGAUUUUCAGACCUUUAAAGAUUUCACUGGAAAUGACAAGCCCACUGUAUGUAUAAUUGAUAUAUGGACUAAUGUUUGGAUGAAAAUGAAAAGUAUAAUUAAUUGGGCACGUGAAACAAUUAGCAAAAGAAUGAUGUAUCUACAGAUGAAUCAUACUCACAACUUGGAGAUUAAUGGUCUAUCAGAAAUACAAGUAGAACUACUUUGGUUCGAACAUAAUAUUCGUUGGAAACUUCGGAAUCUGGAAUGGUUAUCUUGGUGCGAUUCAAAUGAUCUAACAAAUAAUAAAGCAGAGAAGAAAAACGAUGAAUUAAAUGAAAAUCUACUCAAACAAUGUGGCCGAAAUUUUAUAUCAAAAGUUUUCCAUUACUGUCUAAAAGCGGAAGUGGAAGUGAAUGAUGAAAAGGCUAAAAAAUAUUAUCAGACUGCUGAAAAAUUACUAUUCACUAAAUGGCAGAAUGAAACUAACCCUUUGCAAACCAAUGAACAUAGGUAUACCCAAAUCUCCAAUGAUUUGAAUGAGUCACAGGAGUUAAGUAGAAAAUCAAGAAGCGAUGCUUUGAAGUUCGACCGACCACCACCACCCUUAUUGGUUACAAAAUCUGGGAAAUCAAUGGUGUUUAAAACACAAGACUGGAAACCAUCUACUGGAGAAUCGGUCCACUUCUAUGCAAUCUAUGGAAAACAAACAUUUGUAGCUAAUCAGAAAGUUCAUAUUACUGACAAUAAGCUAACUAAUACAGGAGUUAUGGUGGUCAGUAACAAUGGUUCCUGUAUCAUAAAAGUAACUGACUUGACGCCAAAUGAGGAAUACGCGUUUGCAGUUGCAGCUUAUAAUGAAAAAGGUGAACCGUUAGGUUCACAUAAGCUUGGUUUAGGUUACAGUACAAAACCAAUACUGGCGUGUACUUCAUUAUGCUUUUACACAUCAUUAUGUCAUAUGAUACAGUCGGCAUGUCGACGUAAUCUACUAUCCUGCCUUAAUGAUCAAACAAUGAACGUAUUAUGGGAAUAUUUAACUGAAUACAAUGAUAAAUUGGACGAUGAAAAGCUAACUCACUUAACUGGUUUAAAAAUGAAAAAUUCAGACGCUUUUCAUUGUUCAAGCAUACUAUUGAAACAUCUUGCAACUUGUAUUCUAUGGCAUUGUUUAUUUAUUCAAAAGACUGGAGAUUUUGAUUCAAAUAAUUAUAGCAAUAAAGUCUAUUUACUGAAUACGCAGAUUCAAAAAAUUCAUUUGUCUGAAAAGCUGGUAAUCGGUUUAGAAUUGAGCGCCAAACUAAAUGAUGUCCAACUUUUGAUAGAUUUUGCAAAUUUAAUCUAUCAAAUAUUGAGCUACAAUAUAGAGAUGGAUUCUGUGACAACGGAUUAUGCCAAGAUACUACUAAGAUCAAUAACCAUACUUCUUAGUAUUAGAAAAUACUCUAAACAUUUAAUAUUACUGGAUGACUCUCUAAACUGGAAGCUUACGCAAGCGAUAAUAAAAUUCACGUUUGGAUGUAUUCAAGUCCUUGAAACACUGAAUGAAUUAAAAGGGAUUAUUGCAACUUUAAAAAUUGUAAAAACAGUCUUAAAUCAAACAAUAAAAGAUAUGAAGCCAACAAUGAAUCAAGCCACGAGAAAACGAAUGUCACAAGUAAAACUGAACUCAAAAUAUGGACGAAGACAGUCAACGCAGAAUUCAGAUGAGCUUGAUGAACUUUUGUCAGCUGUUAAAGCACUGGAUGCUCACUCUUACUUGAUAACUGCUAAAUUAAGUGCUCCAAGAGUUGAGUUAUUCGGUUACGAAGAGGCGUAUCAAGCAGUCGCGUGUAUAGCUACAAAGCCACUUAAAACAUCAUUAAAGGACGUAAUGAAGUUCAAUCGCCGCACAAUAUUCUUACAAUUAAUAAAUAUACUUGUAGAAAGGAUAAAUUCAAACCAGAUAGACUUAAUUCAACCACUCCUUAGCGAAACAAAAAUAUGGUUGAAUCAUCGUGAUCAAGUUCUAGUAAAAGCAUGCCAGUCUUAUGAAUAUACAGAAGUUGUCAAAAUCAAUGAUAAUAUGAAUGCUACAAAUUUAGAUAGAUCAAAAUUGACGCUUUCAUCACAGCUUCAGGAAAGCGACGGACAAGGAACAACUAAACCACCAUCUCGAGUGCUAACCAAUAGGAAGGAAAUCAGCCACUUGUGCAGUUUACUGACCGAAUAUUACACACGUAAGGCUAGACGCAAAAGGCUAAGAAAUGUAUGUCAAGAGGAGUGGAUACAACGUUCACAGUUUAGUCUACUACAAGCACGAAUUGAACAGUAUGAACUGUGGAGGAAAUGGCGAUCGAUUACUGUGCAUAGUAAAAUACUAACUGAAAAAAAACAGGUGGAGUGGUAUACAUAUUAUAGAGAUAAUAUUAUAAUUGACUAUGAUCAAUCGCUAAAGGACAGCUUCGAAAAUAGGCCCAUUCGGAUGAACUUCCGAAAGUCAGUAAUUAACAUUGACAGGAAGAAAUUGGACAGACUGGCCUUUAUAAUACCUCAAGGAAGCAAUACAGCAAGUGAGUCACCUCAAUUUUAA